CUUUCCGGACCCACCCACUUGGAUUGGGAGUCAAUAAAUAGAGCAGGAGCGAUCGCCACCACUGCAGGCUGCAGCAGUGCCGCUCUCCUUCAUCUUCCUCUUCUCGCCGGCGAUCGCAAAUUGAGCUCCGCGAUCCGCGGUAUUCAGCCAUCCAUGGCAUCCUUCCUCGGUGCCCGAGUCCUAUCCUUCCCCUUCGACGCCGCGCAUCGCCGUGACGGCCGGUUGCCGUUCUAUCCUAAUCUCAGGUUUGGGUUUGAUCGCCGACUCGGGAAUGGGAAGAAGACGAGGCACGUGGGGAGUCCUCCCCCGUCCGUGGCUUCCCCCACCAUGAAGCGGGAUUCCCUGCCCGAUCCCAACAUCAAGAUACUCAAGAUUGCUCGUGAAAAUUUUGCACAGGAGAUCUCCGUCAGGUCUGAUGAUAAAGAUGUUUCACUAGCCAAGGCUUUGUUACUUGUUGCUGCUGAAGAUGAAGCUUUCAUGUCACUGAAUCAUGACAUGGAUGCACAGUCAGUGCGGAAUGAAAGGGAAGUUGCAACUGAUCAAUUUAGUGGUCAAUUAGAAGUUGAUUGUGUGGAAGAUAUGUCCUUAGCUGGAAAGAGCAUAUCUGGGUGGUUAAAUGAGUUGGAUGUGAUAGCAAAACAAGUUGAAGCAGAGUUAAUUUCCAGAGACAUAGGUUGCCAUCUACUUGAAAUCUUGGAGGCUGUUAAUUUUGUUCUCUUUGAAUCAAGAAGUUUCAAAAGAUUUCCUGUACUAGUAGAUUCAAAAUUCUCAUACUUGCAUACGGUCCUUAGCACUGGAUGCGGGAGCAAUAUAAUGUUCAGUGUUAUAUAUGUUGAAGUAUGUCAAAGGCUUGGUGUUAACAUUGUGGGCUCUAAGGUUGGGGAAGAUUUUCUGAUUUGGCCACAAUCAGGAAAUUCAGCGGAACUUUUCAGUAUUGCUUCUGGACGUAGUCUGUUUGCUACCAUCAAUGGCAAAUGUGUCAAGGAUCCAAGAUCCAUGGCUUCUGAAAUGGACAGCACCUCAGUUUCAAGACUUGAUAUUGCCACUAAGAGAGAUAUUAUUGGCAUUGCUCUAGCUAAUCUGAUCAGAUUUUAUUGGAAACGGGCUUCAAAGGCAAAUCAUGGCUUAAUGUUAACUUCUCCACUUAAACCUGUUUAUCCUGGAAAUGACAAAGCUGGCAUGGGAGGAAUUUUGAAUAUUCCACUGUUGCGGCCCCAGGACCUCAGGUUGGCCAUUAUGGCUUCCGAACGGCUAUUGAUACUACAGCCUGGCAAUUGGACUUUACGAAGAGAUCAUGGUAUGCUUCUGUACUACAGCAGGAGGUAUGCUGAGGCAGUUCAAGAACUCAGCAUUUGCAUGGCUUUUGCGCCCGAGGAAGAGGCGGAGAUUCUGGAACCAUUUGUGGAGAAGCUGCACCUUCUGCGUCUUCUAUCAUCCUGGGAGUGUUUGGAUCAAUUUGGCUCGGUUCCAAUCUCUUGAUACACUGCCUCUAGUUGUCGGCACUCACCGCGGAACAAAGUAAUUCUUACUGGAGAAGGGGUAAUCAUUCCAACUAUGCAGGAAAUGAAACAUUUCCAAGCUGAUGACUCAUGAUCCCAUGUUGCUGUUAUAGGCAUCUUCACGGUUUCUUUGCCAAUGCAAACGGAGUGAUAAUGAGACACAAAUAUCUAUCAGUUGCUGUCUCAAGGUCAGAGAAAAAAAUGGUAUUGAAAUUGAAUGUUUCAUUUGAUCAUUGUAAAAUUAUUCGGAUCCUUUAUGGGGUUGUUCUGGGAUUGAUAGGCGAUAGCAUAGUGAAGUUGGAAUAUAUUUGGCAUGAUCCGACAACUUUUGGGUCUCCUAAUUUAGAUGGACAUGACUAAACCCUGUGGUUGAGUAGAGGAGGCUGAGAAAAAUGAGAGUUUUAAGGGAAGUAAUAUGCUAAAAAGAAAAGAAAAGCAAAGAAAUGCAUUAUUUUAUUUUUCUCAUUUACAUAGGUGCAAUUAAAGAAAAGUAUCAUUAUUUGUUUUA